GCGCUUCCGCCCGCGUCAGCUGACUGCCGCGAGGAAGCGGCGGCGGCGGCCCCAGCCCGGCACGGCACGGCCCGACCCGACCCGACCCGGAGCCCGCGGAAGCCCCGCCGCCCCCCCGCCAUGGCAGGAGUCGUGGUGAGCGGAGCGCAAGUGUCUUACAUUAGUCAAGACUGUGAAGAAAUUCCAGAAUUCCUAGGAAGAAUAUAUGGACAUAUGGCAAAAAGGCUAGAUCUUAGCUUCAACUUGUUAAGGUCACUAGAAGGACUGAAAACAUUCAGUUACUUGGAAGAGCUGAUCUUGGACAACAAUCUACUCGGAAAUGACCUUCUGUUACCCAGGUUGCCCCACCUCCAUACCUUAACGCUCAACAAGAACCAAAUAACAGAAUUAGAAAGCCUUUUGGACCAUUUGGCUGAAGUUGUGCCCUCACUACAGUAUCUCAGUUUGCUUGGAAACAUGGCCUGCCCAAAUGAACUGGUCUGCAAAGAAAAGGAUGAAGAUGACUACCAGAGAUACAGAUAUUUUGUCCUGCACAAAUUGACAAACCUGAAAUUUCUGGAUACUCGGAAGGUAACAAGGAGGGAGAGAGAGGAAGCCUUGGUAAGAGGUGCCUUCAUGAAAGUGGUAAAGCCCAAGGAUGCCAAGGCCUCCAGCGAUGCUGCCUCCACCUCUCCAGAGAUGCACUAUACACCUCUGCCUUCAGGAUCCAGAGACCUCACCAAUCACAGAGGCAUUUUGGGAAAAUGCCGCUACAUUUACUAUGGAAAACAUUCUGAGGGCAACAGAUUCAUCCGAGACGACCAGCUCUAAAACACAGCGUUGUUUCAUGCCUCUUCAACGCCUCCACACGAGAAGCACAAAUUGCAUCUAAAUUUUAAGCAUGUAACUAAAGUCCUCUAGUGCCUUCUGCUGACUUUGCCAAGCCUGUCAAGAUCAUCCUUCUAUCUUAGUCUGAGUAGUCACAUAGAGAUUGACAUGAUUGCCUUUAAGCAGGUCCCAUCCACCAGCGUGACAGACAGCUGCAGCCGAGCACCCGGCCUGACAGGAGGAGCACCGUGAUGGAUUGCCUGGUCCAAUUGCCGCUCGCAGAAGAGCAGGGGUCACACCUGGGGCUUCAGUGAGCAUGCUCCAUCCCUCCGCGCCUCGGCAAAAGCAGCGCCUUUAUCUCUAGCUUGCCUGUUGAGCAAAAGUGGCUGGCGAUAUCCGAGUGUUUAUAAAAGAGAGGGGCUAUAAUUUCAGAUGAAAAAGCCCUUAUCUGUUCUUAUUUUUUAGCUUGUGAAUUAAGUGCUUGUGUUUCUAUCAUCUCAUGCAUGCUUACACAAAUCCUUUCACAGAGGUUUUUUUCUGUUUGGUGUCCACCCCUAAAUGAGCCUAGAUGGAUUAUUUUUUCUUUCUGAAAAUAUUUUGGCCAUGCAAAGUAUUAAUAAUUUUUAUAGUUGUUUAUAUGCAAGGGAAAAGGAUUUAGGCAAUUUUACAGACAAACAAAAUUUGCUAAUUCUUAAAUUGCACCUCAACAUUUACUAACUCUGACCUUCAGAAAAGCAAUCAUUUUUUAAUGCUGUAGAAUAGUGGCACAGCUUAAUUCUAUAUACGUGGAAGAAACCUUCAAUUGUGAUAUUGACAGUGUGUAUUAUUCCCAGUUUAUUGCACAAGAUAUUUUUUAACUUGCACAGAGAUUACAUUUAGAAUUAAAUGCUUAAAUUUGGAAAGAAAAAAAGUGCUUAAAAGGAGUGAUAUAAAAUAAAAUUGCCACCAGAUGGGUUUGAUUAUUCAGAGGAGAAAAAAGUCAAUAAAAGUAACUGGUGGAAUUAACAUAAUUAACAGCUUUACUAAUAUGUUAUAGAGACGAGUUUUGAAUAAUCCCUUUUGAUGCCUAUGUAAGAAAGGCUAUAUUCAAAUUUUCAGUGGGAAAAAUAAAACUGCAUAGUAUGUUUCCUGCUUUUCUGAUAGACAGGUUAGACAUAUUUAGAAUCAUGAACUUUUUACUGUGAAAAAAAAUCCAAUACUUUAUACGUAUAUUGUGUUACGUGCUACUAGAUACAAUGGGACUGGCCAAGGAAUCUGCAAAACUUCUGACCUCUGGGCUGUUCCAAACCCAUCCAUAUUGGUCCCAGUUGAAAGUCAUCACUGUCUGGGUGUUCUUGUCUUGUUUGAAGUUACUUGGUGGUCUUAAUUCACUUUCCUGGUUGAAAAAAUGUCAGUUUUUAGAAGUUACCUACUUUUGGGGGCUAUUACCAGUUACUGUUGUAGGUGGAAGUGAACUGGAUAUUGAAGGCAAUCGUGAAAUCAGGUUUGACCAAUGAAAAAGAAUGAGACAUUGGCAGAGUGACAAAGAAAAGCUGCUGCAGAAGGUUUUAGGCCUUAUUCAGUAAAUGGAAGUCUUCACUCACUUUGAAAGUCUAUAAUAAAUCUUUAACAGAUACUUAAAAUCAGUGACCAAUGUAGAAAUACCCAGUUAGCACCACCUGCGGUUCAAAUUGAGCUCUAAGCUGUUUGCCAUACAAACUGGUGUCGGGAAAGCAUGUUUUGGCCACUUGUAAUGUCUCUGCUAAUGUCAUAGAUGGUUACAAAUGAAAUUCCAAUUCACAUUAGAAGUCCUGGGAGAUAUAAGAUAAAGGAAAACUACAUGCCACUUUUUUUUUUUUAAUAAAAAAAAUCAUUAGAAAUAUUUAGGGCACUUGUCGUCUCUUGGUUACCAAAAUAACAGCAAUCCUAGUUUGUUCGUAUCAUAUUGUCUGUUUUGAACGCUCCACACAUUUUGGCCAUGGCAUAUUAUAGACAGCAGGGUUCUGAAUAAGGGUGUUUAGAAUAACCUAAUGUCACUUUCAGUCUGGUUGCAUAUAUGUUCUUGUCUUUAUAAAAGGCUUUAACCCUGCCUCAAACA